UACCCACCACCCUGCGUUUGUGUUUGCGGCGUAGCCAAGUUAUCAUAGUUCAGUUUUUUCCUUUUAGCAAUUUAGCGUUAGAUAUCUCCAGGUUCGGUAAACGAAUAAUAUUUUGGUCUUUGAAUAUGGACUUACAAAGGUCAGAGGACACAGAAGAGCAAAUCGAACAACCUGAACACAUUCAGGAGCAGGAUAUCAGAAUAUCUCCGGCGGAGGAAAUGCCUGUCGAUGGGCCUCGAGAGGAAGAGUCGGAGCAGCUGUUUCUACCAUGGGAUAGAUUCUCGGCCUGGCUUCAUUGUAUUUGUGUCGUUGGAUUCGACCUGGAGCUCGGUCAAGCGGUGGAGGUAGCUAGAUACGACGACUUGCUAGUUAUAUACCCUCAUCAUGCGAAGCUCACAGAAAAGGAGAAAACAAGCAUCUGCUACUUGUCUUUUCCAGACUCUAACUCAGGUUGCUUGGGGGAUACACAGUUCUGCUUCCGUUUCCGGCAGGCUGCGAGCAGGAGGUCCUCGCUUGGCUGUUUUUGGGAUCACUUCGACAGGGAUGCGCCUGUCUGCCUCAAGAAAGACCUGGGACAUUUUUACGGCUACGUCUAUUUCCGACAGGUUCGAGACAAAUCACUGAAGAGGGGCUACUUUCAGAAGUCUCUGGUUCUCAUCAGCAAGCUACCCUAUGUUACCUUCUUCCAUUCCCUUCUGAAGCUCAUUGCCCCAGAGUAUUUUGAGAAACAGGAGCCUUGUUUAGAAGCUGCUUGCAAUGACAUUGAUCGGUGGCCAAUGCCAUGUCCAGGCAAAAUAUUAACCCUCCCAAUCAUGGGUGUAGUCAUGAAGCUGCGUAUUCCUACAUGUUCUGACAAGCCAGGGACCUCACAGCUUGUGCAAACUACAAUGAGUGACAGCCUUGUUUCUAUAGUACUCCCUACCAUCCAUGAAGUGGACCUCUUCAGGUGCUUCUACCCAGUGUUCUUUCACAUUCAGAUGUUGUGGGAACUUGUUUUGCUGGGCGAAGCGAUCGUUGUUAUGGCACCAUCACCAGCCGAGUCCUCAGACACUGUUCUGGCAUUAGUCAGCUGUAUUGCACCACUGCGCUACUGCAGCGACUUCCGGCCAUACUUCACCAUCCACGACAGUGAGUUCAAGGAGUACACAACCCGAACACAGGCCCCACCAUCUGUCAUCUUGGGGGUAACAAACCCUUUCUUUGCAAAAACUCUCCAGCAUUGGCCUCACAUCAUCCGCAUAGGAGACAUGAAGCAAACAGAAGAGAUGGCCAAACAAAUGAAGGUGAAGAAAUUAAAGAAUCUAAAGACUCUGGAUUCUAAACCAGGUGUAUAUAGCGCAUAUAAGACAUUCCUGAACAAAGACGAAGACAUCAUUAAGCAACUGCAGAAGGGAGUUCAGCAGAAACGUCCCUCUGCUGCUCAGAAUGCCAUUCUGCGGCGGUAUUUCCUGGAAUUGACGCAAAGCUUCAUCAUUCCCUUGGAGCGCUAUGUGGCCAGUCUGAUGCCUUUACAGAAGAGCAUCUGUCCCUGGAAAAGUCCUCCUCAGCUGAAGCAUUUUGUCCAAGAGGAGUUUAUGAAGACUCUGGAAAAGGCUGGUCCUCAGCUCACCUCUCGGCUUAAAGGAGACUGGAUUGGCCUUUACAGGCAGUUCCUUAAGUCGCCCAACUUUGACAGCUGGUUUCGGAGCCGUAGGAAAGAGAUGAUGCAGAAACUUGAGGCUCUGCACCUCGAGGCACUAUGUGAUGAGGAUCUCCAAUUGCGAAUUCAGAAACACACAGAGGUGGAAACCGUCGACCUUGUGCUCAAGUUGAAGGACAAACUGAUGCAGGCACAGAGAGAGCAGCUGCCAGUGAGAGCGGGGACCAUGACUAAACUUCAGGCCCAUAUUGAGUCAGUUAUCCUCUCCCUUCCAGAUGACCUGCAGGGUAUCCUGCAAAAGCCUGCCACCCCCUGACCUUUAGAAGACCCCAAACUAUUGCAUAAUCAAGGCCAAGAGGGAAAGGCAGAACUCUUUGAGGUUGAUUGGAGGGGGUUUAGCACCAGGACUGCUCAGCAAAUAACUUAUAACAAACUGUGGGGAGAUUUUAACUGGCUCUUCACUCAAGUGCAAAUGUUCCUACAGAAUCAUGUAUCCUAGAAAGUGGCAGUGCUGGCAUUGCUGCAGUCCAGUGAAGGCCCUAUCCUCCUGAUAACAUUUACCAUGCUGUAUGUGAAAGAGAUGUUAGGUGGAGUGAUGUAUAUUAUUAUUAUUAACAACUUUAAUGUCCUUAUACCAUUUGCCUCUCACUGUGUGAGACUGACAUUUCUUUGUGCUUUCAAACAUGGCUGCCUGGCCAGUUUGAAGUUAAUCAAGGUGGAGAGACAUGAGAAGUUAUUGUGAAAAACUCAAAAGCAAAAAUGUUUAUCUCCUUAAAUUGUGUUUAAAUGGAAGUGGUGAAUGUAUUUACAAAGCAUGUUUUUAAAACUCAGUAAGCACUUGGAAUUAAGAUACCUGGGAUAUCCAGGUUUGUCAAGGAAUAUCCAGGUUAUGUCUAGCCAUAGACUAAAAAGGAUUUGCUGUGAGGACAAAGUUUUCGCUAUUUAAUUUAAUAGAAAGCUCCUUAAUUUCCGUUGACAAAUCUAAUCUAUUGAUAUAACAUGGUGAUUAGGCAGCCAAUAAUGAGCAGUGAGUGAGGGGGAAUAUAUGCACUGACACAAGGUGGAGGAGGUUUAUGAUUAUGCAAUGCAUUAAAGAUGCUUUAAAGAUCUCAUACUCUGAGAUCAACAAUAAGACCACUCCCAAUAGGCCCUAAAUAUGUUAAUGAAGAAAUGCUAACAUGUGCCUCAAAUUAAUUUUCUAACAGGCUGAUGGAGGCUGUUACAAAUGUCUGGGUUAUUGAAACAUGCAGUGAAGGUUUUCUUUACCUUUACAAUGCAAUAAAAACAUCUAGUAUACAUACUUUUUAAAGAAGUGAAAACUGUAGACAUGGAAUUCCUAUACUGACCCAGGAGCUGUGACAUUGAAAAUAGCAAAAGUGAAUGAGCCAUUGUGUUUUUGAAGUUGGCAAUUAUUUUGAUUAUGUCUAAAUAUUUGCAAAUUAUGUUUCAUUUAUAGCACAUUCUCAUUUUAAGGGUCUUCUUACUAUAUGGUCCUAAUCAUCAUUGCUGUAUUAUUGAGAAAAAUUAAGCUUAAAUCAAAGAAUAGUUUUUAAAAGGAGCUUGGGUAAAGUCCAUGUAGAGUUUUUCAUAAGUUAACUGCCAUAGCAUCAGCAUCACCUUCUGUAGUCAUUUGUAUUGUACUGUUGAUUCAGACCAAAAAUAGCAUCAGUUUCUGACAAUUUAAUUUAGCUCUAACUGACCUUUUACCUCCUUUCCCAUUCUGUGUUUGAAGUGCAUGAAAGCAAACACAUGUUCAAAAUGAAAACUGCUGCUUUGUGCUUUUGGGAAAUUCCUGUGUGGACAGGAUUUCUAAGGCUUAGCCCAGCGACAGCGUUUUGCCAUUCUCCCUGUGGUAAAGUUCAGCUAGUGAUAUUUUUCCCUACCAAGGCUAUCUGAUCAUCUUCAAACAGCUUUUAUGUAUAUGUGUUACUGGUGUGCAGUAACGGUUCUUAAGGCUGUGACUUAAUGCGAUUUAAUGAACUAGAAUAAGAAGAGUCCCAUCCUCCCAACUUUUAGUAACUUUUAAUUUUUAGGCAGGUUCAGGUAUCAUGAGACAUUUGGUAUGUACAAGAAUGGUUUUAUUGACUAGUCUUUGAAAGUUAACUGUAUGAAAUGAAAUGAUUUUGAAUGUACACAACUGACUAAACGUGUAUUUCACAUGGAAUUCCUUGAAACAUCCUUAGGCCUUCUUCUGUCGGGUGCCUUGUGCUAGGGAGCAACACAUGAAUAACCAAAGAUGCAAUUUGCAAUGGUAGUCUGUUUUAUUCUUUUUAAAUGAAAAUCAUGGACUGAUACCUGAAAGAAUGUCAGGUUUAUGUUGUAUCACUUCUGAAGAGAAUUACUGAGAAUUGAAGUGCACAGCCAGCUGCUUUGCUACAGAGACCUUAGCUCUUCCUAAGCUCAGAGCAGCCCCUAAAGUGUACGUUGCUGUUGUCUUUUAGUCUGAGACAGUAUCUUCAGAUGGGUUGGAUAAC